AUGUGCAUUGACUACAGGAAGCUCAAUGAAGCCACCAGAAAGGACCACUUCCCCCUACCAUUCAUGGACCAAAUGCUCGAGAGGCUGGCUGGACAUGAAUACUACUACUUUCUUGACGGUUAUUCGGGUUACAACCAAAUAGUUGUAGACUCAAAUGACCAGGAGAAAACUUCAUUUACUUGUCCAUAUGGUGUUUUUGCUUACAGGAGGAUGCCCUUUGGACUGUGCAAUGCACCUGCAACAUUCCAAAGAUUAUAUGUCAAAAUGGUGGAGGCUAUUGCCACCACCACAAAUGACAACAUUGUUGUAAUGAGCUUCUUAAGAAAGAACAUUUUCAACAGGACAGCCUUCAAGACCACCAUUGGGAUGUCACCAUACCAACUAGUAUUUGGCAAGGCUUGCCACUUGCCAGUUGAACUGGAGCACAGAGCCUUAUGGGCUCUAAAACUAAUGAAUUUUGAUGAGCAAGCUGCUGGAGAAAAGAGGCUGAGGCAACUCAACGAGCUGGAAGAAUUUAGGAACCAAGCAUAUGAAAAUUCAAAGAUCUACAAAGAGAACACAAAAAGAUGGCAUGAUCAAAAGAUAGCAAAUAGGGAGUUCACUGAAGGACAAAAGGUGUUAUUGUACAAUUCUAGACUUAGGUUCUUCCCUGGAAAGCUUAAGUCUAGAUGGUCUAGACCCUUCACCAUCAUCAAAGUGUACCCCUAUGGUCAAGUGGAGCUCAUGGAGGACAAAACACAGAGAACCUUCACUACAAAUGGACAUAGACUCAAGCAUUACCUAGGGGACUCAUUGGAUAAAAGAAGAGUGAGCUACCACCUCAACUAA